AUGGUGAUAAAGGAGGAGGAAGAGGAGGAGAAGGAGAAGGAGGAGGGCAAGACUGGUCACCAGCAGCUCUACUGGAAGUUCCGCCAGGGCUCUUGCUCUUGCUGCUUCUGCUCUAACCACCACAGCCUGAUCUGGAAACACGGGCUGAACAUGUGCUUCCGUCAGUAUGCGAAGGGCAUAGGCUUCAUUAAGUUGGACUAAGCAACCUUGAAUGGAUUAUUCAAGACUGUCUACCCAGUGAAACAGAUCACGCUAGUCUUUGUACAUAAAGAAUAAAAAGAUGAAGACCUUCAA